CUCGUGGCUUUCGAAACUACACCGGGUUCAAAGCCCGCCUCCUGCCUGGCGAGGUGUGGUUGGUGGCUGUGGGCGCUAAUCAGGGAGCCUGCGCCGGGGAGCUACCUGUGCCUAGCGGAAAGAAGGGCUCGAACGCUCUGGGGUGAGCCUGGCCACGCCCACAGGACGGGGUGUGUAGCUGCUGGGCGAGCGAAGGGUUAAUGUCUCCCUGCUGCCCUGGGAGGUUCCUCCCGCCGGGGCCGGCUCGAGCCCGCUAUUGCCGGCGCGCGCGCGGCUUCCGUCAGCGCGGCCUCGCCCGCAAAGAGGAAUGGAAUUUUCUUGGCGCAAAGGAGAAUGAAAAGCGGUUUUAUGAGACCAAAAGAAGUACUAAGGAUUUUGGAGAGAUCACAUUGUAACAAUAAAGAGUUGCUGGCAUCUGAAGAUUCGUUUCAUGUUUCUUAAAUAUUGGUUGACAUUGGAAAUUUAAUUGUGCCCCUAAUUCAGCAUGGAAUCUGGCACUCCCCCAAGAGCAAUGUAAUAAAUUGGGGAAUGCAGUUUUAGGACAGCAAGUUCAUAAUGUUCUAUUCUAGCCAUGAUUUAGUGCAGUUAAUGUUCUAAUUGUUUUUUGAAGCAUAACAUACAUGCAUUCAACUACUUCAAAGAAUGGAAGAAGAAAAAACUGUUUAUACUGUGCCUGUCACAUCUGAAUGCCUGGAUGUGGAGACCCUUAGCAAUGUCAGUGGCGAGAGAGGUGAAGGUGAUGCACAGAUGUUUUGGAGGCAAAUGGAAGAUGAAAGAGUGGACUUCAUAUUUGAGCAGGUGCAAAACAUAUUGCUGUCUCUGAAACAAAAGAUCAAGGAUGGAACUGCAACAAAUGAAGAAUGCUUCCAAGCUUUGAUACUGGUGGAUAGAGCUGAUGGAAGCAAUCUCUUAGCAUUGACAAAUGUAAACGAUGUAACUACUGAAGAUGGGAUGCAGAGAAGCAAACCUAGGUUACAGCCUUCUAUAUCAAAUGAAAAUACAACAGGUUCUCCUUUAAUGGAGGCGAAAGAAAAAUCACACUCAGGGAAUGAAGACAUAUGUAGUGAAACAAGGGAGUUACCUUUAAAACUAUGUUACCAGAAUCAUGACUGCUCUAAUGUAUGUCUUGCCAACAGACCACUGAACUCAUACAAGGGAGAAAACCCUCUUAAAAUGCCAAUCCUGUGUCAUUUCCAGAGACGACAUGCAAAAGCAGACUUGCUUUCAAAGUCACUUGAUGUGAAUUAUAAGGCCCCCUGUGGGAGGAGUCUGAGAAACUUUCAAGAUGUGCAGAGUUACCUGUUUGAAACAGAGUGCAACUUCUUAUUUGUCGAUCACUUUUCUUUCAACACAUACGUACAGCUGGGCAGAAACACUCUGAACCGAGAAGCACUUGUAUUUGAUUUUGAUAUCAGCAAUGGAGCAGAGUCUGUACCCAUUUCCUUCUGUAACGAAGUUGACAACACAAGAUUACCUUAUUUUAAAUAUAGGAAGGCCUCAUGGCCACGUGGGUACUAUCUGAACAACUUCUCUAGCAUGUUUCUUGACUCAUGCGACUGUACGGAUGGCUGCACAGACAGGUCAAAAUGUGCGUGCCUACGGCUGACUGCAAAAGGCUGCAAUGAAAAUUCUGCCUCACCAAGUAACAAAGCAUCUUGUGGUUACAGGUAUAAAAGGCUGGAUGGACCUGUCCCCAGUGGAAUUUACGAAUGCAACUUAUCGUGCAAGUGUGACAGAAUGAGGUGUCAGAACAGAGUAGCACAGCAUGGUAUCCAAGUUCGGUUGCAGGUAUUCAACACAGACCGGAAGGGCUGGGGCGUCCGCUGUCUAGACGAUAUUGACAAAGGAACAUUUGUUUGUACUUAUUCAGGCAGGUUAAUGAGCAGAGCUGAGCCUCGGGAAAUAGGAGAUGUCGAUCGUGAGGCCGAAAAGAAGGAUGCUGUGAAUGAAAAAAGUCCCAGCUCACUUUCAGUAAAGAGAAAACUGGACACUACUUGUUCAGAUUCGGAGAUUGAACUUGUCCAGACUGGUAAAGACAGCAUUAACAGGAGGUGUGAAACUUUAUCUCAGCCUGCAGAUGAUGAAUAUAAACCAGUUGUGGUUCAGAAAUAUGGAUAUAAUCCAAGGAAUCUGAGAAGCCCAGCCAUUAGGCCUAAAACCAGAACUGCUAUUCUUCAGACUCGCCGGCUAAAACUGGGAGUCGCUACAUUGGUGCACGAUGCCAGCUCAGAUGAAGAUGAGAGUUCUCAGCCCCAGCCGUCAACCAAAACAAAACUAACCACGGGAACCAAAAAAGAAAAGGAAAAACUCAAACUGCAGGAAAAGCUAGGAGAACAAGAGGAGGCCAUGCAGUCUGAGCCAAGCAUCACAGAUACUGCAAAAUCUAAAGAAAAAAGGCCAUCUCCAGAAGAUGCAAGAGGUGGUAAAUCAGCCAGGCUAGAUGAUACACAUGCUAUGAAACAGUCCAUGGACGUAAUCCAAAGAGACGGCUUCAAAGAGGAAAAAAAUAGGAGAUACACACAAGAUCCGCUCUGUAAUGAGGAGGCAGAAGGUGAUGAGACCCAUCUGAAGAAUUCUAAUAAAGAAAAUAUUUAUUUAUUGGAUGCCACAAAAGAAGGAAAUGUGGGCCGAUUUCUUAAUCAUAGCUGCUGCCCAAAUCUCUUUGUACAGAGUGUUUUUGUAGAGACGCACAACAGAAAUUUCCCUUGGGUGGCAUUCUUCACAAACAGGCAUGUGAAAGCUGGAACUGAACUCACCUGGGAUUAUGGUUAUGAAGCUGGAAGCAUGCCAGAGACAGAGAUCUCCUGUCAGUGUGGGGUUCAGAAGUGCAGGAAAAAAAUAUUAUCCUUUUACAUCGGCUCCCUCCAGCUUGCGCUGUUGAAAGUGGCCCAAAGCCCCCAGCAGAGCGCUCAGGUGACUCCCGCAUCAGCCGGGCCGGGACCCCCCCCCCACAGCGCGGGAUUUCACCGGCAAGGUGAAGGCGAGAGAUUGGCAAGAUCCGCCUCCUGCGUCCUCACUAAGGCGAGGAGUCCCCUGCACCCCCAGAGGCAGCGCCCGCUCGGCAGCGGCCCCGAGCAAGCUCGCCUCAGCCCCCAGGCCGGGGCACGGCAACAGCGCGACACACAUCAGCCUACAGCCCGGGCGGCGGCGGCGUCCGCCAGGCUGCCUCCAUCGCAGCUGGCGCCAGCCGGGAUUCGAACCCUGCUCUUCGGACCGUCCCAGCCCGCGAAGGUAGGAAGCUGGCGCAGCCUCGCCACGCCUCACCCCGCCCCUCCGCGGCCCCAUAUCGCGUCAGGCAGGAAGCGAGGGCACCGUCAGGUUCAGCGGCUUCGGCGGCGGUUAGCGAGCAUGCGCACUUGCGCAGAUGCCUGGCACAUGCUCAGUCCCAGGGAGCGAGCCGGGUCGGUCCGAGGCUCUCCCAGCCGGGCACGCCCAUUUUCUGGCCCCUCCCCUUCGGGAGUUUCUAGGAUCGUGCCCUGUGUUGAGGCAGAAGCAGCAGCUCAGGCGGCGAAUGAUUCUCUCCUCCCCCACCCCCGGUGUCUCUCUCCAGGUGACUUCCACAUAAUGGAGAAGAUGGUAAAAAGGAAGUGUGCAUUUUGUCCAGCAGAUGAAGAGUGUGCUAUAAUGUACAUUGCAGAAAAGCAGAAUCUUGCAGUUCAUCAGAAUUGUUUGUUAUAUUCCUCAGGAUUUGUAGAAUCCGAAGAGCAUAACCCAGAGAAUCAGGAUACAAGGUUUGAUGUGGCCUCAGUUCAGAGUGAAAUCAGGAGAGGAAAGCGGCUGAUGUGCAACUUCUGUCGCAAGAAAGGAGCCACUGUGGGAUGCGAGAUAAAAACCUGCCGCAGGAGUUACCACUACUUUUGUGCACUGUGUGAUGAUGCAGCAUUAGAAACUGAUGGAGGGCAAGGAAUUUACCGAGUGUUCUGUCCAAAACAUGACCCAGGCAAAAGGACCAAUCAUUAUGAUGCAGACAAUAAGAGGAACAGGCAUGGAAUGAAAUCUUCCACCUUCACGGAAAAAAGGAGCACGGAAGAGACAGCAGCAGAAAAUAGUUUACGACUUUUAAGGAAAAAACAUAACAAACACAAAGCAAGAAUAGACUUUCUUAGGAAGUGCAAGCAGGCUGGACUUCUGGAUGGUAUAUUUAAAGAAAUGCUAGACACACUUCACCUUGCAAAGGAAAAACUGAUGGAUGACAACACUUCAGAAACAGAAUACGAGGAAACAGUAAUAUCACUUUUUGACUGUAGCCUGUUUGAAAAUAUACUUACAAAUGUUCAUUCAGGAACAGAGGAAAAACUUCAGGAGCUUCUGGAAACCCGGAAAAGACUGGAUACUCAGAUUGAGCUCCUGCAAGAUUUAAAAGUAAUUCCUUUCCAGGAAAAUAUAGCUAGUGCAUCUAGUUCAGUGUCUGAAUAACUAAUACUUCUCUUGAUAUCAACUUCCAUAUUAAAGAUUUUCUACUGACAGAAACUGCAUCUGGUCAGUGUAUAAAAGUGACUUUCAAAGAUAGGGGCGCACAGAAAAACAAUUGGGUGUUUUACUACUAUUUUAUACCUCACUUUUGCAAUAACUUCAUUUGUCCUUUUCCUUUUUAAUUUUUACUGUGGCUCAAGGAGUGAUAAACACUUAAAUUUAAAUACCUUCCAUGCAAGCUUUUUUUAAAAUACUCCACAAGCCACUUUUUAAAAUCACUUCAGUUGCGGCAGCCCCCUAUCACGUGAUGUGUCUGUGAUUCAAUGUCUGCUUAUCAUAGCAGACAAAAUCAUUAUUAAAAAUUGUUAAGGCUUUCCAAAGAGGAAUUUAACAAGACUUGCACUUGAAGAAGCCUUCUGAGUUCAAAGAAGCAGACUUUUUUUUUUAAUUAAAUUUUCUCAGUUUACGGUGUGUUAAUGUUUAAGUAGUUCUGUUUUAACUGCAAUGGUGAGAGGUGGUGCCCAUUAGUUGCUUGCAAACACCUGAGGCUGGCUGGUGAUCAUCCUCUGAAAAAUCAUUCUGUGUAAAAUAGUUAGGGAGUCAAAUACUGCAGUAAGAACAUUUAUGGCUUCCAUGUGUUAUUUUGUCUUAUUAUAUUAAAAUUGUUUGAAUACAGAAAAGCAGUACAUUUAGUUACAAAAUUGCAAGUUAAUGAAAAACUUGACAAUAAAAUGUUUUUGUAAAGAAAGUUGUAUAUUGAAGAAAACUAGUGACAAAAUCAGUUUAUGCACCAAAAUACUGUUGUAUACGGUACAGCCUUGUAGGUUCUCACUGCUAAUCCACAGCCUUGCUGAUUCUCACAAAACCCUUGGUUUCAUCAUACUUCAUAGCUCAGCUCUAAUGGAAGAGACAGUACAAUAGGAGAUUCAUAUGAAGAUUUAAUUAUUCUUAAAUACCCUAAAGAACCUUUGUAGCUGUACUAUGAAAUAAAUGAAAUUAAACUACA